CAUCCAUAGCAGCGACACUCACAGAGCAGAGUGAAGGCUCUUUCCACACACUGCUGCCCAAUUGGCUUUCUCUAUUCCUUCCAGCUGGCCAAUCACAGAGCCCGCAUCAGAUCGAAAACUAUUCAACAUGGAGACAACAGUUGAUAAGCUUGAGGCAAUGUUCCUGAAGUCAGAGGCUGACCUGGAAUACAUUGAGAAGCGACUGAGGCUGGACUUCAUCAACAGCACUGCAGAGAGUGGAUCUCCUGCUGAGGAGAACCCGGCAGUGAUGCUGGAGAACUUGACAGUCAUCAAGGCAAAACACGCAGAGCUGUGCUCCCAGGUGAAGGAGAUCGCAGCUGCACAGAAAGAGUCCAUGGACUCCAUCAGAAACAACCUCGGCAGUGUCAUGAAGCUGAUCCAAGACUUGCAGCAGACAACCGAUGUGGAGGUUCAGCCGCUGACGGAGUCAGAGCAACAGUCAGCAGAUCUCCUGGCUUCAGCCGACAGUCAGACCACAAGAGAGGUGCCUCCUGAUGCAGCAGCUUUGGCCAACGGCAGCCACUGAGAUGGAUCUCCAUGAAGCCUUUAUACAGACACUCAUUUUCCCCAGGAUGAAAUGUAACAACUUUGAUCCGCUGACUUUCAUCCAGCUCCAUCAUCUAGUCGACAUCUUAUUUGUAAAUUUUUGGUUAAUGAUCAUUCCCAUCAGCCUCAGAUGUACAUGCUAACAUGCUAAGCUAAGACAGUAACCAUGGCAAACAUGUUACCUGCUUUACAUCAGCAUGUUGGUAUUUUUAACACAUGUGGACAUGAUUGAAGCACCAUGUACAGAACCACUGGCAUGGCUACAGACUCUGUGUCCUGUAAACACAUCAGUCAUUUAGUCUUCUUGGUGUAUGCUGUUUAGUCCUAGUGUCCUGUUUCCAUAAAAGAACACACACACUGUUGGCAGCUAGUACACAAUGUGUAGAACUUAUUGUUUUCUGUGUGUAUCAUACAAAUCCAGGGUUUCAGCUGCGUUUUAGUUUAACAUGUUACAGGCCUGUCAUUAUUUCCUACUCUGUAAUUUGGUGGUAAUUAUGGUAAAAGCAGAAACAAUGUUCUGAUACAGUUAUUAGUUAAUUAUUCUGUGUAACUCAAAAAGAAUUGAGAUCCUUUUACUCCAUUGAUCUUCGAAUUUACUGAUAGUGUUCAGUUUGUGUCUUUCAUUGAUGGGCUGAGGCAGCAAAUAAAAGGUCUGAAACCUGUAAGAACUCUGUAAGACGGUGAACUCUUUACCCAGGGGUCUGUACAAGCUUUCAACACUCUCAUCGCGUCUGAUUUACUGUCUGAUGUUCUCUGUGAUGUUUUCUCUGUGUCCAAAAUCCAUAAUUAAGUCUUCAUCUUUGACUGGACCACAACAGCAGAGCCAGCCCUAUAAUCACAAAUGUCCCCAACUGACUGACUGAUCAUAUUUCAACCAUGUGACUAAAUUGGAGUUUCUCCAUUUGUCGUUGCUGUUGAAGUUGAGCAGCAGCAGUUUGUUACCCAGACAGAGGCUGUGAGAGACACAAUAAGAAAGAUAUUGUGUCUCUUCUAACGUUCUCUGUGUUGGGACUUAUCAUUCAAGAGACCAGAUGUUUCUUUGCUCCACUGGACAAAGGAACUCAAACCCCACAGUUGCCCACUGUUCAC